AUGCGCUUCUCAUAUCUCCGCUCUCUCCUUCGGCAUCCAUUACGCCAAACAUCCUCGUCUUCCUCCUUCAAUCCCAAUCCGAAAAAUACAAUAAGAGCUAUGUCAGGUUCUCUAAUCGGCGCAACCUUAUACGCCGCCACCAUGAGCAGUCCAACUGCUCUCGGCGCCGUACCAGAAAAUUCAAAAGCAAAAGCGCAUCAUCUAAAAAAUGGAAAAGGAUUUACGAAUCCGUGGGAUUCUUGGGUGGAGAUGAGUGCACCGGGCAUCGGUUUGGCAAUGUUACGGGCGAAACUAACCGGCGAAUUUGGGAACCCGGACACAACUCCCCCAACUGUGCCCGUCGUGCAACCGACCUUCCUGCCUACUCGUACUACGUCUUCUCUUCGCGCAACUUGGCUCGGACACGCCUGCUACUAUAUUGAAUUUCCCUCUGGUUUACGGGUACUCUUCGAUCCCGUCUUUGAAGAACGCUGCUCACCAUUCUCGUUUAUGGGUCCCAAACGCUACACACCUAUCCCUUGCAAAUUAUCUGAGAUUCCAGUUGUCGAUUUCGUGGUUAUAAGUCAUAGUCAUUAUGAUCACUUGAGCCAUCCGACGGUUAUGGAAAUACAAAAAAAUCAUCCGAAUGCGCAGUUCGUUGUAGGAUUGGGGCUUAAGAAAUGGUUUGAGGAGUGUGGGAUUAAAAAUUGUGUGGAGAUGGAUUGGUGGGAGGAUAUUGAUGUUACUUUAUCCCCUAUCACAGGGGAAAAGCGCAUAUCCACUUCCUCAAAAACUUCUUCAAAAAGCUCUCCACCACCCUCCCCUCCUUCUUCCUCAACGACAUCCACAUCCCCAAUAACAGCCCGCAUAAGCUGUCUUCCCUCCCAACAUACGUCAGCACGCACAGCCUUCGACAAAGGCCACACACUCUGGUGUUCGUGGGCCGUCUCCUCUGGCUCUGGUGACAACUCAAAAUCUGUGUGGUUUGGCGGUGAUACUGGGUAUCGAGCAGUUCCGCAGGUCCCCAAGGGUACUGAUGAUUACGGUCCUGAGUAUCAACAUUUACCGACUUGUCCUGCUUUUCAAGAGAUCGGGGAGUUGAGAGGUCCAUUUGAUUUGGGGCUUAUUCCUAUUGGUGCUUAUGAACCCCGCCAUAUUUUCUCUCCCAUGCACGCUAACCCCUUCGAUUCCGUAAACAUAUUCCUCGACACCCAAUGUCGUCGUGCCAUGGGUAUCCACUGGGGUACUUGGGUCCUGACACCGGAAGCCGUCAUGGAACCGCCUCAAUUAUUAAAGAAAGCUUUAGCAUGGAAGAAGUUACCUGAAACUGGUAUUUUUGACAUUUGUGAUAUUGGAGAAAGUAGGGAGUUUUAG